AUGACAACACUAAAAUUAAAUUCAGUGAUCUUAACUAUACUUAUCGUAAUAAUAAUAACAGCACUACUUUUUAUCACUAUUUUCCGUGAUAAAAAAUGUCUUCCAGGACCAUUUAAUUUACCAAUUAUAGGUUACUUACACAAACUAAAUCCAGUAGAACCACACUUAACAUUAACAAAACUUGUUCAAAAAUAUGGACCUGUUUAUAGGGUUAAACUUGGUUUUUUAAACACCGUCGUUAUAGCCGACGCAAAAAUACUAAAGAAGUUGUUAGCAAAGGAUGAAACACUUGAAAGACCUCCACUCUAUAUGUUAAACACCGUAUUUAAUCGCAAAGGGAUACUUACACUGCCUCUUGAACAAUGGAAAGAUCAACGUAAGUUUGUAACAAAUUUUUUAAGAAUAAUGGGAGCCAGUAGAGUUUCCCCAAAUAAAAAAACGUGUGAGGCGCUAAUAAAAAAACAUGUUGAGGAAUUUGUACAGGUUUUUAAAUGUACAAAUCGUUGUGUGUCAAUGGAUCCUUCCGAAUAUGUAGCCCGUUGUGUUAGUAAUAUCGCCGGUAUGAUACUUCUGGGCAAAUCGUUUUCGAUGGACGACAAGACGGUUAUUGAUUUAGCAGAGAACCUCGACGAAGUUGUUAAAGCCGUAGCAUUUGGAGGUCUAUUAAAUUUCUUGCCAUUUUUACGUUUCUUACCAAAGUUCAAAAAAUCAGUAGAUUCAGUAGAAAAAACUCUUCAUAUAGUUCGUGAUGUUCAAAAAAAACUUAUAAACGAAUGCCAAGAGUCCAUGUCGAGUCUCAAAACAGAUGCUCCAUCUAAUCUUAUUCAAGCAUUUCUCCUCCAGAUGUCUAAAGGUGGCCCUCAGCAUAUUUACAACCAUGAUCAACUUCACUACCUUCUAUUUGACCUUUAUUUGGCUUUCACGGAAACCAUCAAAACCUCCUUUGGUUGGAUUCUAUUAUAUCUGGCCCAGUACGAAGAAGUGCAAAAUAAAAUACGACAAGAACUUCUAGAAGUAGUGCAAGAUAAAACAGUAGAAAUGGAUGAAUUUGUGAACUUACACUACACUAGAGCAGCUAUUGCUGAAGUGGCCAGAAUUAGAACUGUAACACCAUUGGGAGUACCACAAUGGGUGUCCGGAAAUAUUUGCGUGGAAGGUUUUACAAUUCCGAAAGAUACAAUGAUAAUGCCUUUAUUAUGGGCAAUCCACAUGGAUCCAAAAGUUUACAAGGAACCGGAAGAAUUUCGCCCUGAAAGAUUUCUGGACGAUGCGGGAAAAUUCUUCAAACCGGAAUCAUUCGUUCCUUUUCAAACCGGUAAAAGAAUGUGCGCUGGCGAAGAAAUAGCAAAAAUGAUGAUGAACAUAUUUGUUGUUGUUGUGGUGAAGAAUUUUAAACUUGCACCGCCUGAUUUCUCUUCGAUAGAUUUCACUGGAGUUUCUAAUGCUUCCCUCUCUCCAAAACCACAGAAAAUAAUGUUUACGAAAAUAUAA